AUGGCUGCCACUGGUUGGCAUGCUGAGCGGCCUGCGCUUGCCACCACAGCCGAAGGCCAAGCCAGUGCUCCCGAACGCUUCGACCUGACCUCCAUCUUCGGAGAUCUCUCCAGCAAAGACAAAAGGCUGCGCGAUGACGCAGCCGUGCGCCUCUAUCGCUUUGUGGCCAAGACUUCGAAGCGCCUCGAUGCCUCGGAACUCGAGGUUUUCAUGCAACAGCUGCUUCAAGAAAUAGCCCGCCUGCUAAACACCAAGACCAAGCACGAACAGUUGGGUGGGAUCGAGGCCAUUGACCAGAUCAUCCGCAUCCCCCACAGCGGCGUCACCACCGCUGUCAAUUGUAAUCAGUUUGGUACAUAUCUGCGCAAUGUCCUUCCCCCCACCUGCAAUGAUCUCGAGGUCAUCAAGGUUGCUGCUGAAGUCUUGGGUCGCCUUGCCACGCGUGGUACUGGAGCCAUGACUCCCAAGUUCAUCACCAUGCAUUCGGACCGCGCCCUCGAAUGGCUUGAGCACACGAGCACCCGGUCCGAGGCUAAGCGUUAUGCAGCAGCACUGGUGUUACACGAGCUCUGCAAAGCGCAGCCCACACAUUUUUAUCCCUACAUCCCCAAGGUCAUGCGCCACAUUUUUGUCGCCGUUCACGACAUCAAGUUGUCGGUCCGCGUGGCCGCCUCCCACACGCUUCGCACCUGCCUCAAAUUGUGGCGUGAUCGCGCCCUAUACCCGAGUAUAUAUGCCCGCAUCGAAGAGGGUCUCUCAGUCAAACGCGAAGAAAGCAUUCACGGGUCAUUGCUAGCGGCCGCGGCCUUUGUGGACCUGACCGGCCAGUAUAUGCAGCAAACACAUUAUUUUGAUUCCGUACGGCCCUGUCUGGACCCGUGCCUGUCUUGCUGUUGCCGCCACUUCUCUCAUCUUCUCAUCUUUGGCAUGGUCGACUUUCGGCAGGUGUGCGACGCAGCUCUCCAGUUUGCCACGCACAAAAGCAUGCUCAUCCAACGCGAGAUUUUGGCCCUGAUUCCAAAAAUCGCCAAUGCCAGCCCUGAAGGGUUUGUGAGCUACUCCAGUCGGACCAAGACCACAGGCGCCUUUGCCAGCAGCGCCAUUGAUUUCAUCAUGCGUUGCAUGCAACGAGAUCGGGAUCGUGGCGAUGGUCUCGUGGCCUUUGGCAAGCUUGCUUCGGCCUUGGGCCCACUGCUGCAGUCGCAAAUUCUGCAAGUGCGACAAGUGCUGGUGGAAAUUCGCCUUGUCCUCACCAAG